AUGAGCAACUCAGGAGAGGAAACGGAAGCAAGAUAUGUGCAACAGUGCUAUGACAAGGUGGAGAAAGCGUCAGGGGCAUCGAACAUCUUUAUAGUUCCAAAUAAACUUCGAAAAGUGAAGGAGGAUGCCUAUAGCCCUCGCCUUGUCUCAAUUGGGAUUUACCAUCGGGACAAGCUUGAGCUUGCAGCUAUGCAAGAGCAUAAAGAUCGUUACGGGAGAUUCUUUGAGAAGCGUUUGAACGAGUCUGCCACGUCCUGUUCGAGUUUUAAACAUUUGUCCUGUGACAGUUUUGCAAAAUUUUUCCGUUAUGGCUUACCCAAGACGAUACUUCGGAGCUACGUUGGAAGCAACAGGGACUACAUCAUGGAACUUCAAGAAGUACGUGAUGGCUUCUUCAUAAUGGAACUUUUCCUCAGGUAUUAUCAACACUACAACUUAAACAUGAUGUUAGAAGAGCAAUCUGAUGACCCAAUAUUCAAUACUAUCUGGAUAAUUCCAGCACUUCGCCAGGAUCUAGCCUUAGUUGAAAACCAGAUCCCCUUUUUUAUUCUCCAAACUCUGUUUGAGGCUAUCAAGCCUCAUCUCAAGGCCAACGUCAAACCAGCACCGAACUCGCUCACUAGCCUUGCUCUUCAUUUCUUUGAACCAGCAGCUAUGAAGAACCGAAAGGCAAUUGUAAAAGGAGUUGAUGAUCCUCCUGGCGGUACAGAGGGCUACAAGCAUUUGCUUGAUCUCUUGCACAAAUUCUAUCUCCCAAUUCAGCCUAAGAGUACUAAUAAUAAGCAGCACCCUGCUGUGGCUGGUGAUUCCUCAAUUAUCAACAUCACCAAUAUUGAUAUCCCUGGAAGUGGAAGCUAUAACAAUUGGGGAUUCGAUUUUUGCGCUUCACAACUUUUGGAAUCUGGGAUCGAGAUUGAAAGACAGUCAAGCGAGAACCACUUGCUGAACGUAACUUUCAGCGAGGGAGUGAUGAGAAUCCCAUCAUUGUUCAUAGACGACAAUAUUUCACUCUUGAGAAACCUGAUUGCCUACGAGCAGUGCACCAUCAGCAGUAAUCACAUCACCUCAUAUCCCAUCCUCCUGAAAAGCCUAAUCCGUUCCUCAAAGGACAUCAAAAUACUUCGGCAAAGAAGGAUCAUAAAUUCCAGUUGGAUUGACGAUGAAGUAUAUUUGGCUCAAUGUCACAGUAUUCUAGAUGAGGUUGUUGUCAAGGACUUCUAUUUUGCUGACUUGUGCAACCAAGUGAAUGCGUACGCUCGUAAGUUCUGGUUUCGCAGACGUUUGAAGUCCCUCUAUCGCACUUAUUUCUCAACUGCAUGGAGCUUUAUAUCUUUCAUUGCUGCACUUUGCCUUUUCGUUCUAACUGUCAUACAAACAUACUAUGCCAUUCACCCUCGCUAGCUGAUACUUGUUGCGCUUUUUCAGUGGCUUGGGCCAUCGUAUGAAUU